AUGAACACGUACCGCCAUGAUAACACACACACACACACACACUGGCGCAUUAAGCUUAUAACAUUCCGAAAUAACAUACAGCGCGCCCUCUGUCGGAAAAAAUACGAAGUGAUAUUCCUGCAUACGCGUUACAAGGUCUGCCGUUGUGUGGCUGUUAACGGAAUAUAUACGAUAUAUUCCUUACUUCUUUCAGUAAAAUAUUAUACAGUUUUCACAUCAUGGUAUCACAGUUUUAAGCAAACUUCAUGUAUUUUUCUUUCUUCUAGCCAUUUUCCCCAAAUUAGUUUCGGGGUCGGCUCCGAGUCUAAGUAUACCAGAUUCGACUGA